AUGAACCCUUCCAAUCCACCCCAGGCUGCCGAAUAUGGUGGAGAUGAAGUCUCAGCCAUUGUUCUCGACCCCGGCUACUCCACCACCCGCGCUGGCUUCGCUGGUGAAGAUGCUCCCAAGUCGUUAAUUCCAACAUAUUACGGCAAGUACGACGCUGAUGGCCAGGAGAAGUUCAUCUAUGGAGAUGAUGUCUUUGUUACCCCGCGCCCCGGUCUUUCCAUCCACAACCCGAUCGGCAAGGAUGGCAUUGUUGAAGAUUGGGAUAUGGCAGAGAAAGUGUGGGAGUAUUCGUUCACUUCGCGACUCACCGGUGCGAAACCAGGCAAUCCUUUCCAGAAUGGAUUGAACGAUAUCUCCGAGGGAGAGCUUCCAACAGAGAUGGACGUGGAAUCGGAAGAGAAGCCUUUGGAAGAUAGCCCAUUGUUGAUGACCGAACCUGGAUGGAACCCGAUCAAGGCACGCGAAAAGACCAUUGAGAUUGCCAUGGAGAAAUGGGGCACCCCGGCUUUCUACCUUGCACGGAGCGGUGUGCUUGCAGCUUUUGCUUCCGGUAAAGCCUCAGCUCUCGUCGUUGAUAUUGGCGCUUCGAAUAUCUCCAUCACCCCGGUCCACGAUGGCAUGAUCCUCAAGCGAGGCGUGCAGCACUCCCCGCUCGGCGGCGAUUACAUUUCAUCCCAGAUUCGCGCACUGUUCAAGAAGAACUCCCCGCAACCCAUCACCAUCACGCCGCACUACCUGAUCAGCUCUAAGAAUCCGGUCGAGGCCGGCCAAGAACCCCAAGUCAAGUUGAAGACCUUCGCCGCCGACAAGGCGCCCGAUGCCUCGUACCGCGCCCUCCUGGAAGAGCGCACUCUCUCCGAGUUCAAGGAGUGCGUCGUCCAGGUCUGGCCCGGCCCCAACAAGCUCUCCGCCACCGGCCCCAACGGCGUGUCCAACGAAGAUGCCGCGCGCUCAUCUCCCGGUCGUCCAUUCGAGUUCCCUGACGGAUACAACCAGGUCUUUGGCGCUGAUCGCUUCCGCGUCGUGGAAUCCCUCUUCGACGCCAAGGCCGCCAUCCCUGAUCCCGAAUCUCCCUUCCCUGCCCCGACCUCCGCUCAGACCAUCGCCGAGCUGAUCAAGGCGUCCCUGAGCAAUGUGGACGUUGACAUCCGUCCCCACUUGCUGGGUAACGUUGUCGUGACUGGCGCCUCCAGUCUGCUCUACGGCUUCACUGACCGUCUGAGCCAAGAAUUGGUCGCUCAGUUCCCUGGUCCGCGUGUGCGUAUCUCGGCCCCCGGUAACACUGCUGAGCGCCGCUUCGGCUCUUGGAUCGGAGGAAGUAUCCUGGCUAGUCUGGGUACUUUCCACCAGAUGUGGAUCUCUAAGAAGGAAUACGAGGAGCACGGUGCGAACAUUGUAGAGAAGCGCUGCAAAUAA